AUGAUCGGUGCAGCGGCCCGCGGCCUCCUAGAGCCGAUUAACGAAGUCUGGGAGAACUCGCGCUUGCCGAAGCAAUGGAAGGACGCCGAGGUCCGCUUCAUUCCAAAGCAUGGCAAAGCCCUCACGAUAGACAAAACGCAGCCCAUCUUCCUCACGUCCUGCGUAGGGAAGGUGAUGGAGCGCAUGGUUUUUCACCGGCUGCAGAAGCACCUCGAAGAAACGGAUAAGAUGCCGGAGACGAUAUACGGCUUCAGACAUCUCAGCACCCAAGACGUGAUAAUCCAACUCCACGAACUGGUCGUCAAGCAGGCAACGAGGCACGCGCCACGCGGGAUACUCGCCCUCGACCUGAAGGGAGCGUUUGACAACGUGUCCCACGCGAGCAUGUUGCAAAGUCUGAACAAGAACAGGUGUGGCCAAAAGUCAUUCGGCUGCAUAAAAGAUUUUCUGUCAAACCGAACGGCGACCAUCAGGAUAAGGGAGGAGAACUCGGACCCUGUCUAG